AUGAACUAUAUACAAAGGUUAACACUUUACAGGUACAACGAACUUCUUGACGACGGUGACCAGCCCCCAGUAGCUGAUGAGCAUAUUACGAACCUAGCGGAGAUAUUCGUCCGUCACAAUGCCGAGAAGCUUCUUGGAAUUCACUUGAUCCACGGCCAUUUUAAGAUCCCCAAGAGCACCGUCAUGCUUGGGACCAACUUCGAGAACCCCUACCUUCGUUGGACUAAGGUCACCGAUAUUAAGAAGAUCAACCCUGCCGGUGUCCAUGGACACAUUUUUGCCCUCACCAAAGACGGCCUCUGUGCUUAUGAGAUACAGGAUGGGCCUCUUCCCGACUUUUCUGGCAUUGGACAGGGUUUCCUGGAUGAGUUCAUCCACUAUAUUGUUGAGAACAAUCUCAUAAGCCUCGUUGGCCUUCAAGUCCUUGGGUGCGGCGAUUGCCCCAUGUCGGAACUUAUCCUUGAUCAGGGAACUGUCAUGCUGGAUUCGUCUGCCGUCAAGAACACGAAGCCGACCCGCAUCACAGGCUGGAAGUUUGAGUCUGUCAAUGGGAAACCGCGAGUUUGCUCGGCAAACGAAACCCAUGCGACGAUGACAUCCGGCAAUCACAAGGUUUUCAAUGCGGAAAAGCCUCACCCUAAGCUAGAAAGUGCCGAAGAUCUGAAGGACGCUCUUGUCUCGGUCGGUGACCUUUAG